UUCCAAUUUGGAAAAGAUUGAGAUGGUUGAUUGCAAUUUUAAAGAGUUGUCUCCUUACGAAGGUGAUGUUGGUGAGGAGAGAGACGUGACAAUGUUGCUCCCAAGAAUUAACCAGUUAACAUUGAAAGGUGUUGAUAAGAUGACACAUCUAUGGAAGCAAGGCUCUCCCCUCCAUCACAUUUGUGCUAAUCUUGAAACUCUUGAAGUUUACAAGUGUGGCAACUUAAUCAAUAUAGCACGUGCUUCCUCAUCUUUGCGAAAUCUUACAACUUUGGAGGUUUGGUACUGCAAAGAGAUGGCAGAGCUGAUUACAUCUUCGAAUGCCCAAUGUUUGGAGCAGCUUGUUACACUGAAGAUAGAUGGAUGUGAAAUGAUGGGAGAAGUAAUUGCAAGUGAUGGAGAUGAAGCAACAUAUCAUGAGAUUAUUUUCAAGGAGUUGAAAUGUUUGGAGCUUUAUGAUUUACAAAACCUCAAACGUUUUUGUUCAGGUAAUUACACUUUGAAGUUCCCAUCAUUGGAUGAACUAUACGUGAGCAAAUGUCCCGCAAUGGAGAAUUUUUGCAACGGAGCUUUAAGCACGCCAAAGCUACAAGAGGUACAAACAAGACGGGAUGUUAGAAGAUGUUGGGACCUUAAUGCUACCAUUGAGCAGUUAAACAAAGAAGAAUGUGAGGUGUCUGAAGAGACGGACAAAAAUGGUGGACAUAGUGAGGAUCAUGUUCCUUGAAUAAUUGAAGUGAGAUGAUGAUUUCAAAAUGAAAAGCCAAGAGGUGAGGUGUUUUCAUACAAGUUGAUCUCUGUUAACAGGAGACUUUUUUCUACUAUUUUAUU